CCGUUGGCCUGCAGUUGUACGACGUUGUACAACGCUUUUGUAAAUGACCACAAAUUAGAUAAAAAACAACGACGUGUUAUGGGAAAUAUUAUUUGGAUAUAACUCGGUUGGAAACAUUUAGAGGCUUCAUUUCGGCAUGAGCUCGAGACGUGUUGCCUGAUCAUAACAUGGUUGACUCAUUGCUUGACCCUACCACAGAGGAUAAUAAUAAUGACUCGACUGUGCCAUUACAGCAACAAUUCCCAGCAAGAUUUUAUAUUUGCUAACAUCACAGGAACAUGGAAAAACUGUAGCAUGAAUGAAUCGCGUGUUGGAACUAACAGCACUGAAGAAAUCGCCAUCCAAAGAAACUUAGGAAAGCCAUCUUUAAUGCUCGUGGCAGUCGCCAUUGCUGUGAUGGGGAACUUCUUCAUAAUAUUUACCUAUUGUAAGAAUUUUAAAAUGCGGACUAUUACCAAUACUCUGGUGGUAAAUCUAUGUUGUGCUGACCUUAUGUCGUCGCUAUUUGAUGUUCCCUUUUGGCUAAGCCUAGCGCUCGGCUCGCCACUAUAUCGGCAACUGACGAUUUGCAGUGCUCUUUUCUGCUUCGAGGAUCUUUUUCAUAUUAUUGCUAUAUUAACCAUGUGUGGAAUUGCUUUUGAUCGAUUUGUAACUCUAGUUAAAGGUCAAAGAAGACUUAUGACUCAUCGAAGAGCUCGAAUGUUAAUUCUAUGGUCGUGGAUUCAAGGUAUUAUUUCCUCCGCACCAUGGAGUUUCGUCAAGACACUUCGACCUUCCAGAUGCGAAACCUUCCCGCACAUAUACGACCCUUCGAUACAAAUUAGAACGUUUGAUAUAUUUUUUAGAAUAAUAAACCUCGUGCUACCGUUUAUGGGUUCGUAUUUUGUAUUUUAUCGUAUUGUUCAAGCGGUUCGUGGAAGGAGCAGGGUGAGUAUUGACAAUAACUACGUAUCCAGAAAUUACAGCGCGGAGAAAUUCGCCGUUGAUGCGUAUAAACGCUCUUCAAAAACUGCAAUAAUAUUGUUUCUAAUGUUUCUCGUCUGCACCUUACCCUACCUUGUUGCUACAUUAUGGGGWAUUAUUACAGCGGAAAAGAUUGGUUUUGAAAUUGGGUUUAUGAUCUACUUUAUAUUCACRUUAAAGCGUUCACUUUUUCCCGCCAUUUACAUAUUCCGAAAUCAUGUAAUAUGGAACUAUAUUCAGGAGACAAUCAGCUGCUUUUCGUGUCGAAGAACAGAAAGCACAAGACGUCAAGACGCUCUUCCUUAUUUACCAGCCGACCAAACAACAUCGUGUUUUACUAUUUUGGGGAGAAAUUUCUAUCGAACAAGAAUUCAUCCUUCAGUGUUUGACGGGGAAAAUAAUUACUUUCCCAAAAACCUGGAAGUUUGUUUUACUAAUGCAAAUGAAAAGAAAGCGACUGAUCAUUUUACGGAUAUAACGCGAGAAGGGACAAAGGACAGCGAAAAAAGAGUUAUUGGGUGCUAUAGUUCUAGUUAAUGAAGCUAUAAUGUAAUGUGAUAUGGYUCUUUUUGAUCGUUGGAGUUGGAAUUGCGAACAAAAUGCGACUUCGUUACAGUGAUCGCUAGAACUCAAGCGAAUGCUUUAUUUGCUUACUGCUGUCUUUUCAAUUUUGAUUGACAGAUUUGCUAUCAAAGAUUACCUCAUAGUAAACUCAAUAUUAGCUCUAGGAAACAAAUGGAAUUGUUAGGUAAGCUAAGAACAGUUCUUUUAUUUUCCUUCUAUCUUAUUUUUAUACUGAUUUUUUCGUGGACGGUUCUGCACACCAAGAUAUUUAGAAAAAUCGUUACUUCACUCUAAUUUAUUCAAACCCAUUAUUCUUAACUACAACAUAAGUCAAACGGGCCUUAAUGCCUUAAAAUGGACGAAUAAAAAGAAAGGUUACUGGGAAAAUAA